GCCAAACACUUCAAGAAACAUUAGAAUGCGUCACACUGACAUUGUAAUGUAAAAAGAAAAACAGAAUCAUUUAACUUAAGACUAGGCUGUAUGGGCUUUGUACCCUUUGCCUUCCCUGAAAAGGGAGAACUUAACUAAAAAAAUAUAUAAAUAUACAUUUCUUUUUGUUUUGAUGUGUGAUUGAUAAAAAUUGUGAUUAUCAAUGAUUAUUUUACCCUAGCUGAAUUUGAAGUAGUUUUAUAAAAAGGCGCAAUUUUUGUCAAAGUUUUUGGUCAAUAAUUGAAGAGUAUAUUAUGGCGGAACCAAUUGAAAAUGGUGAAAACCCACUUAACAUAGAUGGAAGUAACUUUAAUGCUGAUAUGUAUUUAGAAUGCAUCAUGAAACAUACAACACUGAAGCAAGUGAUGGAUAAAGAAGCGGAAAUUGUUACACAAAGCCAAUUUCUCCAAUCUGAAAUGCAAACAUUAGUGUAUGAAAACUACAAUAAAUUCAUUUCUGCCACAGAAACAGUGAGAAAAAUGCGUUCCGAUUUUAUAAUUAUGCAGGAAGAAAUGAAUAAACUUAGUGAAAAUAUGAAUAAAAUCACUUCAUUUAGCGCCCAGAUAUCUGAAUCAUUAAAAGAAAGUGGAAGCAAUGUGAGUCGCCUUUGCGGCACACGCCAACUUUUAGACAAAUUACAGUUUUUAUUUUUGCUACCAUCUCAGCUGAAUAAUGCAAUUUUAGAGGGCAGGUAUGUUGAUGCUGUUCAUGAUUACACACAUGCACAGAGAGUCCUACAGAAAUAUGGUAAUCAACCAUCAUUCCAGAGUAUUCAGACUGAAUGUUCAGAAAUAAUUUAUGGUUUAAAGAAAUCCCUUAGGGAGAGGCUACUUAAUCCAGAAACUUCAGCAUCCGAAUUAGCAGAAAGUGUGGGCCUGCUGAGGCAACUUCAAGAGACUGAUUCUUCUCUAAGAGAUAUAUUUUUGAAUUGUGCAGAAAGCAGACUUGAUCAGCAUUUGCAAACUUUGAAUUCCAUACUCGAGAGUGCUGAUAUCAUAGAAUGGGUAGAAAAAUGUAACAAUACACUUUUAGCUGAUUUAGGAAUUAUCGUAUCUUGCUACCAUGAAAUGUUUCAGGAUGAGGACACCUCAAACAUACCGGGAUUUGCAGACAAAAUUCUUUUCCAAGUGUUCCACCUUUUCGAGGAAGUUUCCAAGAGACCUGAAAAUGUAGGAACUGAUAUUUUAAUUAGAGGAUUGGAUAAGUUCUUUAGAAAACUGCAAGCCAUGAAAGAGAUAAUAUCAAGUGAUACAGUAUCUGAAAAGGCUGUUAAUGUUGUAGUCCAAUGCAUAAGUAAUAAGGCCACCAUACAGUAUCAGACUAUACAGACACAAUUCAAAGAAAGCUUAAUGAAAGUAAGGCAAUCAUUAGCUAGCAAGGGAUCAGAGAGUAGUGAUUUAAAAGAUAUAUUGAACUCUUUACAAGUCUACCUAAUGCAGAAGGUCCAGGCUUCCCUGUUAGAUUUAAUGGCAUUCUUACAAAAUAACUUGUCGUUUGGUCUGAAACCUUGGUGUGCAAAAGCAGUAGCUGAUUCUUGUUGGAAAGUAAUAUCAGAGACUGUGAUUAAUCUUUCAGAUAUGGUUAAAAAGAUGGCGUGUUUGCAAUCAUCCAACAAUAACAUUCCAUUUGAAUUAUUAUUGAUCCUAGCAAAAUUGUGCUUAGAGAUGCAGGAGACUGGUGUUACAACAUUACACUGCCAUUUGAUAAAACUCUUAGAAGAGUCAGCACCAGGUCUUGUUGUAGAAAAUAAAGAUACCAAUAGUGUUAUGGUGCAUUUGUCUACUGCUGCUCAGUCAGCAUUAGAUUCUGAGGUAGUAUUUAUUGGACAAACAGCAGCCCAAAUGUUAAGAGUUUCUGUCCUAGCUAGAGAUUGGCUGCGUGCCCCGGAACCAAGAGGUCCUCGAGCAGUAUGCAGGAGAGUGGUUGAGACUUUGGCUAGUGCAGAUAGUGCUGCAUCACAACUAUUCCCUACAAGUAUAAAGCCAUCAAGUGACUCCAGCCGGCGCACAAUAUGGUCUCGGGCACCAUCUUCUUUCUCACCAAUUAACAGAAUAUUUUCCGAAAGAAUUGAAGUAUUUAGCCCGGCAGGUGCUGACAGAGCAGCCUUGUCAAAUGGCGCAUUGAAAGUUGCUCUAAAAGCAUUAGUUGAGUGUGUGAGACUGCGUACAUUUGGAAGGCAUGGUUUGCAGCAGUUGCAAGUUGAUGUACAUUUCCUCCAACAGAGAUUGUCAUGUAUGGGCAAUGAUGAGAGGCUUCUCAACGCUUUGCUUGAAGAUGCUUUAUCAUCAGCUCAAUUACGAUGUGUAGAUCCGCAACUAAUGGAACCAAGUAUAGUAGACAUCAUUUGUGAAAGAGGAUAGAGUUAAUGAUAAAUAUAAGUAGAUUUUAAGUAUUAAUUUACUAGAAUUAAAGUUUAUCCAAUUAUGUUUAUGAUAGUUUUUGUUUCAAAUUACCCGCAA